AUGAGGCAGAUCGAUCUGUUGCGCAUUGAUAAAUUUACCUAUGUGGAAAGACCUCGACCCACCUUUGCAGCGUUAGCUCCGGCUGUGGAGAGGAACCCUGUAACAGGGCUAUUGGAACCGCACUUUCCCGAAGAAAAGCGAUUCCCAAGGAUCGUCUCAGGAAUUGCCAUUGUUAUAUGUAUGGUUUCGCUCGUUGUAUUGUUUAUGGUCGGUGUUAUUGUAUACAAGCUGCUGGUGAUUCAUCCACUCUAUGAAAACCCAGACUUUCAGCAGUAUGCUGCCACUAUUGUGUCUGUUACAGGCUCAAUCAUGAAUCUGAUCAUCAUAAUGAUACUGAGCAAGGUCUAUGAAAAGCUGGCAUACGUGUUGAACCAUUGGGAAAUGCACCGAACACAAACGGAAUACGAAGAUAACUUAACAUUCAAAGUGUUCGUGUUCCAGUUUAUGAAUUUCUUCUCUUCCAUCUUCUACAUUGCUUUUUUCAAGGGAAAACUUGUUGGUUAUCCUGGAAAUUAUACGAAAGUAUUUGGCCUCAGGACAGAGCAGUGUAGUCCUGGUGGAUGUCUAAUGGAGUUGGCCCAGCAACUAUCAAUUAUCAUGGUUGGCAAGCAAGUCAUCGGCAACGUUCAGGAAGUCCUCGUUCCUGAAAUAAAAAAGUUCAUGAAGAAGAGAAAAAUGGGAGUGACUGGAAAUGAGGUGAAGCCCCGCUGGGAAUUGGAUUACGAUUUACUGGAAAAUGAAGGCUUGUUUGGAGAAUACCUGGAGAUGGUCAUCCAGUUUGGUUUCAUCACCAUCUUUGUGGCUGCGUUUCCUUUGGCUCCGUUCUUCGCCCUUGCAAACAACAUCUUUGAGAUUCGUAUUGACUCAGACAAGAUGGUGUGCGAUUUGCGGCGGCCAGUGGCACAUAGAGCACAAGACAUUGGGAUCUGGUUCAGUAUGUUAUCAGCAAUAGCGAAAAUGGCCGUCAUCAGUAAUGCUUUCCUUAUAGCCUUCACCUCGCAAUUUUUGCCGAAAUUGUUGUACAGAGCUUCUAUAUCACCAGAUGGCUCCCUUCAAGGUUACACCAACUACAGCCUUGCAUGGGCGCCACCCAACUCUACAUCAGUACCCUGCAGGUAA